CGAACAUAAACCAGAAAUAUUUUUCGUUCAGAUUGUUAUUAAUAGUUAAACAUGUCAUUAAUUGGAAGCACCAGAACUAUGGCAUUGAGAAUUGGUUCCAUUCCAGUGACCAAGAGAUUCAUGAUCUCCUCUUACCAAUUAGCUAGAUUCUACUCGUCCAAAUUUCCCAAUCACGUUGUCAUUAAUAUGCCUGCUUUGUCUCCAACUAUGACCCAAGGUAAUAUCAUCACUUGGCACAAGAAGGCAGGUGAUCAGUUAGAACCAGGUGAAAGCAUUGCUGAGAUUGAAACUGAUAAAGCCUCCAUGGACUUCGAAUUUCAAGAAGACGGCUAUUUGGCUAAAAUUUUGAUGGGUGACGGUUCUCAAGAUAUUCCUGUUGGUAAACCAAUUGCUGUCUAUGUUGAAGAUGCAGACUCCGUUGCUGCCUUUGAAGCCUUCACUGCUGCGGAUGCUGGUGAUGCUCCAGCUCCUGCUGCUUCCAAGGGAGAAGCUAAGACUGAGGAAGCUGCCCCAAGCAGUGAAUCAACUUCAAAAGCUGACAAGCCAGUAUCCACAUCUGUUAGAACACCAACUGACAGGAUAAUUGCAUCUCCAUUGGCUAAAACUAUUGCCUUAGAAAAGGGUAUUUCUUUGAAGGGUAUUCAAGGUUCUGGUCCAAAUGGAAGAAUUGUUGCUAAAGACUUGGAAAAUGUUGAAGCUCCUGCUGCUGCUUCUGCAACUGCUACUGCAGCCACUUCUACUUACGAGGACAUUCCUAUUACGGGAAUGAGAAAGACUAUUGCCUCUAGAUUGUUGCAGUCUACCCAAGAUAUUCCUUCUUAUUUUGUUUCCUCGACAAUCUCUGUUACCAAGUUAUUGAAGUUAAGACUGUCUCUAAACGCUACAGCAAACGAUAGAUACAGAUUGUCUGUCAAUGACUUAUUAAUUAAGGCUAUUGCUGUUGCUGCUUUGAAGGUUCCCCAAGUUAACUCUGCCUGGUUGCCAGGCGAAGGGAUUAUUAGACAAUAUUCCAAUGUGGAUGUUUCUGUCGCUGUUGCAACUCCAACAGGUUUGAUCACUCCUAUUGUUAAGCAUGCUCAUUCUAAAGGGUUAUCUAGUAUUUCUACUGAGGUGAAAGACUUAGGUAAAAGAGCGAAGGCUGGUAAAUUGAGUCCAGAAGAAUACCAGGGUGGUACUAUCUGUAUCUCCAACUUGGGUAUGAAUCAUGCUGUUAAUAACUUUACUUCAAUCAUUAACCCUCCUCAAUCUACUAUUUUGGCUAUUGGUACCGUUGAUAAGAAAGCUGUUCCUUCCGAUGUCAAUGAGCAAGGUUUUGUUUUUGAAGAUGUGAUCACCAUCACCGGUACUUUUGACCACAGAGUUACCGAUGGGGCUUUAGGGGGUGAGUUCAUGAAGGAAUUGAAGCAAGUUAUCGAAAACCCAUUGGAAAUGUUACUUUAAUUUCGUUAUAUAUUCUGUUCAUAGAAUCUUAAAACCAAUAUAAAAGUGGAUUCGU